CAGUUUUAAAGUGUCGGUGCGAAAGAUAAGAAGGGCCGUUUUGCCGCGUUCCGAAUAUCGCGGGUUUUUUUUUUGUUUAAUAAUUCCCCACAUCGUCCAAAGUCCCCAAACUGCUUGUGUGUAAUUAAUUCUCCAAUCGAGUGAAUUUCCCGUGUGCCUGUGACAUAGCAAUUUAUGCUCAGAGUGUUGUGGAGCCAGUGCUGUUUUUUUUUUUCGGAAUAUCUGUGAAGAAAUGCUGGAAUAGCGCGAGAUGAAGAAAUAAAUCACGCUCUGGAGAGACUUUUGGCGACACAGAGAGAUCUUCACGGUGGAGGAGAGCGGAGGUACGAGAACCGGUUCUGCGGCUUCUUACCUGUCCCAAGUCUUACCUGAUAAGCACAAAAAAAUCAAUUAACUCACCCUAAAAAUAUAUGCGGAGGAGUGCUUUCAUGUGGAGUGAAAGAAUAUUUUCCAAGUGAGAGUGGGAAAUCUCUGCUCGCGGCAGGAUGACGACUUGCAGCAGUUCAAGAGAUCUGUUGUGAGGCAAAUGAAGGAAUUCCACUUGUCUCGUGCCUCUCGUGCCUUAAAUGAAUUACUGGCGGGGGAAUUUCAAGUGAUCUAUGGGACUCCCGCACUGUGAAGAGACUCUCAAUUCAUCCACCCAUCCAUAGUAAACGCACAUACGCGACGAGAUCCAUCCGAUAUGGCCGAAGAGGCGAAUGAGGAGAUGAAGAGCACCAAUGCAACGGGGAAGUAUACAAAGAAGUACGAUCCCGAAGAGAUUAGCCCACUCAAGCAACCCAAACAGGCGACAAAUGCCACGAAUCAAGAUACUUCCGUCACUGUGAGUGACAGCCCCGAAGCUAAUCCACCCAAGAAGAAGACAAAGUAUAAAAUCACAGAUCACUAUGAGAACGCCAUUGCCCAGCUGGAGUUGAACAAGAGAUCUCAGACUGUGUUCCUCUGCCUUCUGAUCCUGUGCAUAAUCCUCGCAAUUGCUCUCAUUGGGAUGAUCAUCUUCUGGCCCAAGAUCUACGACUACAUGACGGCUGAGGUGUGCGUCGAGAAGGAAUGCCUCGAUGCGAGUUCUCAGAUUCUUAGAUGGUCGAAUAUUUCCUUGGAUCCCUGUAAGGAACCAUUUGAGUGGAGUUGUGGAAAAUUCGACAAAGAGUUCCAGCACCACAAAUUCCAUGGAAUGCAGCGAGGAGAAUGGAACUUUAAUUCUCAUCUGGAAUAUGAGGAAAUCUCGAACAUUCACUCCUUCAUCUCUAAGCUGCCAAAGGACACCGUGUCCUACUCUGCCCAAGUCAAAAUGAAGGUACUCCACAAGAAUUGCAUGAAUUUGGAAUCGAGUGAUGACAUCGAGGGGAUGACGACUGUCAACAAGGCCAUUGCAAACCUCGAUGGUUUCUGGAUAUUGGGCGAUAGUCUCCUCGUCUGGGAUUUUCGUAAGCAAUUCAUCAAGCUCCAAUCCGAAUAUGGGGUGUCUCCGUUUGUGCGGAUCCGUGUUGAGAAUCGUAAAUCACCUCCACACGAUGGGAUAAUCGUCAUCGACGAGGGGGAAGUGAGUCUACCCAGCAAGAUGUUUUACCGCCUGGGGCCACGCAAUGAGAUCAUCGAAGGCUUCAAAAUUCUCCUUCGUGACGUCGCCAUCCUCAUGGGGGUUGUGCACGAUCGCGCAAAGCAGUUUGCCGAGGAUAUCUUCAACUAUGAGAAGAGGAUCGUCAAUACGAUCAAUGUUACGCAGCAAAAUGACGACAGGGAGAUCAACCGGGAAAUCACGCUUGGAAGCGUCAUGAAGAUCGCUCCGUCCCUUCCUCUUUUGGACAUAAUUACAACACUUUACCCCAAUUCUCGGGUAACUGAAAAUACAAUUGUUCUGGUAAAAGAUCUCGAAGUUCUACGCUCGAUGUCCAUUGUCGUAUCAACAACUGACAUCCAGGUUCUAAAUAUGUACCUAAUUUGGUCCCUUAUUCGACGUUACCUGCCAUUCAUUUCGCGUGACUAUCGUAUUGCGCUGGAGGAGUUUGAACGGAAGCUCUACGGAUUCCGUGAACCGCCUCCAAAGUGGUACUUUUGCACUAAACUCGUUCGAGAUUGGAUGUACUUCGGAGUUGAUAUUCUGCAGGAAAACCCUCAGCUGAUUGUUCUUCAUCAAAAGGACACAACGCACGAGUCUAAGGUUUUCUUCAGUGAACAGUUCCGAGUUGAUCAGGAUAAUAACAGCGAUGAGCUGGUUAAGCUGAUCUUCUUCCACAUUAGGAAUGAAUUGAAGGCUUCUGUAAAUGAUGACGGACGAAUUACGGAUAGCCUGCGGUCUUACAUAAGCGACAGAUUGUCUGCAAUAAGUCUUCAGAUUGGAAUUCCAGAUGAUGCUGCUCAUACAGAUGAAUUCGUUAACCACUACUACGAGGAUUUUACGCCCCAAAGGCUUUACUUCCUCAACAAUCUUCGAUAUCGGUGGAAGUUUAUCAAAGCAAGGAUGGAGUUACGACUGUCUAACCAAACUAGGACUGAAAAGCUAAUCGACGCUCUCUACUCAGUCAGCGACGACGAAGAAAGAAAAUUCGUACAGUUUCAUCCUGAACUAAAUACCGUCGUGGUGUCCCGUAGGGCUCUACGAAGGCCUUAUUUUCAUCAAAACUACCCUUUGUCGGUGAACUUUGCCAGAAUAGGCAGGGACUUCAUAGAAGUCGUUGUGCAGGCAAUCAAAUUCCAUCAAGAAUCUCACAAACGACUACAAAAUGCCACCAGAACAACGCCAACAACUGAAAACAAGGUCAUUAGGGAUACGUUCAAGUGUUUUACAAAAAACACACCCUUCGACACAACGUCCGUACCAAUUGAGGCAAAGACCAAACUCUACGUUGAAGUUGAGAGCAACCGUAUUCUUUUGCGUGCAUUCAAGUCAUUCCUCAAGAGUAUUGAUCACAAUCAUCCCAUCUACGAUAGUACUGUACCCGAUACAGUUACGUAUGAUUCCUUUGGUCUUCGCCAGAGGCUUCGACAGCCCGGCCUGAGGAUUUUCAGUGAAGAAGAACUUCUCGUCCUGGCGCAACUACAGAGAUACUGUGUCCUUAAUGAAGGAAGUGCCUACGAUCGGAUAAAAAUCUUCAUGGAAGCUGAAUUUCCAAGGAAGGAAAUCUUUGACAUCCUCUGGCAUAAUGUACCCGAACUGAGUAAUGCCCUUUCCUGUGACAAUGUCGAUAUUAAAGAAUGCCGUGACGUCCUGUAAAAGUUCACUUAAUAAAGAAUUUAUUAGUUAGAUUGUAAGAAUUUUUCCUAUUUGUAUGGCAAUAUUAACUAAUUAAGAUCCAUUAAUAUUAGGAAGGAUGUCUGGAUGAGUUUUUUUUUAACGUUUCUAAAUUUAUAAUAGUGCUUAAGAAUCGCAAAAUGUAUUGCCAUUAAGAUGCUGAAAUAAUCACUGAAAAAUCUCGCAAAA